AACUAAUCGGGAAAGCACGUCGCCAUGCCCGCGGCAAAAUGCAGCCGCUUGCUCGUCUGACUCUGCAAAAAGUGUUCUAGAUUCCGCUGGACUCAACAAAUUUCAGCGGAUUCAAAUUCGUUAUUAAACCUUCUCUAGAGAAUUCCAUUCCUAUAAAAAUUACCCUGUACCUGGUCAGGAAUGUAGCGGUAUAACAAACAGGGCCCAUUAAUUUCAUCAGCCUUCACACUGCAUUUUCUCCUCAUCUGACAUACAAAUCUCCUAUUUCCUCGUCUUUCCUUACACGUUGCGUAUUUAACGAGUCUUCGCACUAAGAUUAUUCUUGACGCGUUUUAAGCGGAUGAGGUUUAAAUAUUGGUUGUAGGGGGGAAAGAGAGGCUGGAUGUGGAUGAGGAUGUGGUGUGAUGUGGCCUGACAAGAUUAUUGCAGCAAAGUUGGCAUUGUGGGCUUAUUCUUCAUUUUUUUAAGCUCUAUUCUUUUGGGGGAAGGAAGGCUUAUUUUGUGAGAUCUCUAUUUGUCAUCGAAGAAAAUAAUUGGUAUUAGCCAUGAAUGCUUUGGCUGCAACAAGUCGCAAUUUUAAAAGGGCAGCGACACUACUGGGUCUAGACUCCAAACUUGAACGAAGUUUGCUUAUCCCAUUCCGCGAAGUUAAGGUUGAAUGUACCAUUCCAAAAGAUGAUGGCACACUAGUAUCCUAUGUGGGCUUUAGAGUGCAGCAUGACAAUGCUCGAGGACCCAUGAAGGGUGGAAUACGCUAUCAUCCAGAGGUUGAUCCGGACGAGGUAAAUGCUUUAGCACAAUUGAUGACAUGGAAAACUGCUGUGGCAAAUAUUCCAUAUGGAGGUGCAAAAGGUGGUAUUGGAUGCAAUCCAUCGAGUUUAUCAAACAGCGAGUUAGAGCGUCUUACCCGUGUCUUUACUCAAAAGAUUCAUGAUUUGAUUGGAAUCCAUACAGAUGUUCCAGCUCCUGACAUGGGAACUAACUCUCAGACAAUGGCAUGGAUUUUAGAUGAAUAUUCAAAGUUUCAUGGCCAUUCUCCUGCAAUUGUUACUGGAAAACCUCUUGAUCUUGGUGGAUCCCUUGGAAGGGAAGCUGCAACUGGAAGAGGUGUAAUCUUUGCAACAGAAGCCUUGUUAGCUGAAUAUGGAAUGUCCAUUCAGGGCUUAUCUGUUGUUAUCCAAGGCUUUGGAAAUGUGGGUUCAUGGGCAGCUCAACUCAUCCAUGAGAAAGGAGGAAAGGUUAUAGCUGUAGGUGAUGUCACAGGAGCAAUAAAGAACGAAAGUGGCCUCGACAUCCCUAGUUUGAUAAGACAUAAAAUUCGAAAUGCCAGUAUCAAAGGAUUUGAAGGGGCAAAUGAAAUUGACCCCAAAACAUUGUUACUUGAAGAAUGCGAUGUACUGAUUCCUGCUGCACUUGGGGGUGUUCUUAACAGGGAAAAUGCUAGUGAAGUGAAGGCUAAAUUCAUAAUUGAGGCAGCAAAUCAUCCUACAGACCCUGAAGCUGAUGAGAUUUUAUCAAAGAAAGGAGUAAUUAUAUUGCCAGACAUAUAUGCAAAUGCUGGGGGUGUAACUGUUAGCUAUUUUGAGUGGGUUCAGAAUAUUCAAGGUUUCAUGUGGGAUGAAGAAAAGGUAAAUCUGGAGUUGCAGAAAUAUAUGACUAGUGCGUUUAAGAAUAUCAAGGACAUGUGUAAGGUACAUAAUUGUGACCUUCGCAUGGGAGCAUUCACUCUUGGAGUAAACCGCGUGGCUCGGGCCACCCUCUUAAGAGGUUGGGAGGCAUAAAAGUAGGUUUUCUGUUUAUUCAUUCAUUUUGAUUUAUGGUAUCCACCCAAAUGGUUGGCUGCCAAUGCAGCAGGGAAAUUCUCCCAUUAGUCAUUCGAAUUUUUUAGUAUUGAUUUCAUGAUGUCAUUCGAUUGGGAGACUUGUUCUUUUCAUUCAUUUCGAUGAAUUUAAUUGAAUUCGUACGAUACAUUGCAAUGAGGAAUUCAUUAUGCUAAAUUUUUUC